AUGGAGGCGUGCAACGUGAGUGGAUGUCGAGUGUGGGACAUAGUUUUAGAGCGAUACAAAAAGGCAUGGAGAUGGUACGAGAACUGGGUUUCCGAAAACCCCGAUGUGGUUUCACAAAUCGAGAAGAUUUUCAGGGUAUUUUCGUACCUUUUACCAGGUGCUGUGAAUGUGGAUACAGUCGCAGCGGAGUUAGUGUUCUCGAUAUCUAACUUACUGGUUUUGUUCCAUGAUGGGAUUUUGAGGCAAGCAAGAGGUCUCUCCGUACCAUGUCUGAAUAUAUCUGCACAGAGAUUGAUGCGUUGGUUGACUGUCAUCGACCACACUGAAGUCUUUGUUGAAAUGGCUGCGGCUAAGUCAUGGGGAGAGGCUGGACGCUGGUUCUUCAUUUCCAUCAUUCAAAUCCUCAGAUCAAUUUUCAGGUGGAUUUUACUUUACAAGCAUAAAUCCGGAUUGCAGGCCCAGCCUCCAAUAAAACCACUCAACCGUGAAACAGAACUAACCCCUUCUUCAUCUUCGCAAGGGAUGGAAAGAAACGAAUCCGAGACUCCUGGGAGAAAUGUUGACAAGGAAACUGAGGCUGGAAAUUCAGGGGUGACGUUCAAGGGUGGAAGGUCGGGUCGGGUCGUGAGGUUACUCGAUGCCGCACCAGAUAUUCAGAAAAGAACGUGGCGUUUGCCCUCCAUUGCGAGCACAAAUGGACAAGACAAAACCCCCCAGGAAAAUGAAGAGCCCAGUGAACUCCUCGGCAUCCCUCUGGCAGGAGAAUCUCUGCAGAUAGCUAGACCCUUGUUGCACUUAACAAGUCUGUUUGUAUGGGGUCAACAGUCAUGGAAACCAUGGUUACUGUCACUUGCUGCGGAUAUUGCAAGUUUACAAAUGCUGCAAUCGUCCAAACAUUACAACGAAUCAGAAAAGAAAGAGUUGGGCAAUCGAUCCUUGAUGUUGCUGUUGUACCUGCUGAGAUCACCAUGCUACGACCUCUACACAAGAUCUCGGUUACUGGGUGCAUUGAAAAGCUUAUCUGGAACUAUUCCUGGAGCUGGACUUAUAUUGAAGCCACUGAUGGAGUACCUACCGAUAUGGCAAGGAAUUUAUUUCUACAACUGGGGCCGUUAAAAAAAGUAAAACAAACUUUGCUCCCCGAAGACCCAACUGUCUAGAGAACUUUUCUACAUAGGCUUAUUUCAUUUGAGCAGUACACAAUUUUGUUUGGGUUAACACCAUGUGAUUUUCUCUAAAAUGUCAUUCAUUUCUUGAAUUUAACAUCCCAGCAGCCGAUUUCACAAAAUGCUAGGAUUAAUCCUAACUCGAGCUAGGAAGAGUAACCCGUCCUAACUUAGGAUGGGGUUCAAUACGUCCUACGUAUCUGGAUACGGAACUGACCCAGUCCUUUGUCCUAAAUUAAUCCUCAGGUUAGGAAGAGUUUGGUGAAAUAGACGGCAGGAAAGCUCAAAUCAUGAAAUUUAGAGUUUUGCCACCAAAACUUGACAUCCUCUUGAUCGAACGAAUGUGUCUACAUUGUCAUUACUUAGGUCAUUAAACUUAAUGGAUGAGCAGUUAAUCUGCCCCAUGGUUGGCUUGUUCAUGAUCCAAUUAACAUAUUAAAGUGUACUGUUUGGAAAAUGAAUAACAUGGAGAUAACAGGUGUGAGUUGGUAAAGGUAUAAAGGAUGUGUUAUUCUGGCUUUUUCAAUGGAGCUUUUCUGUAAUGUUUCCCACUGUCAAACACUUUUGAUCUCUGGCUGUCCUCCGAGGUCUUAUAGGGUUCGAUGUGACUUUCUGCCAUAUAGGCACCAGCAGCCAAUUUCAUGAAACACUAGGAUUAAUCCUAACUCGAGUUAGGACGGGUAACCCGUCCUACCUUAGGAUGUUCAAUGUGUCCUAACAUGGAUACAGACUUUAACUCGUCCUAUUAGUCCUAGGAUUAAUCCUAAGAUAGGAUGAGUUUGGUGAGAUCGACGGCUGGUCUUACAUGUCAGCAACUGAAAAGUGCUGUAGGAUUUUCCUUUGCAAUUCAGCUUCCAAACUGCAAGCAAGGAUUACGAGCCUCCAAAUAUACAUUAAAGGAACAUGUUGUUUUUUAUAAAAUGCAUAUGGUU